GCCUGCAAGGCCUAGCCCGGCCCGCGGAGCCCGAGGCUCUGCCGUGAGUAAAAAAAAAAAGAAAGAAAGAAAAAAAGCAGCACCCUCUGCACAGCCGCUUCCCCGAUUAAGAUGGAGGAGAUUUCGUUGGCCAACCUGGAUACUAACAAGCUGGAGGCCAUCGCGCAGGAGAUCUAUGUAGACCUGAUAGAGGAUUCCUGCCUGGGAUUCUGCUUUGAGGUGCACCGGGCUGUCAAGUGUGGCUACUUUUACCUGGAGUUCGCAGACACUGGCAGCAUGAAGGAUUUUGCCAUCCAGCCAGUGGAAGACAAAGGAGCACGCCGCCACCCACUCUGCUCCCUGCCCGGGGAUCCUGGGAAUGGGCCCCAGCCGGAGCUGCAGCGUUCCCCUCCCGAAUUCCAGUAGUCCCCCCCAAACAAGUGAGAGAGGGGCGACAGUGACCAGGACAAUAAUGGAGAACUGGUCCCGUGGCUUGGAGGAGUAAGCUAAAUUGGAGGGGGAGGGGAACAAAAAAAAAAGAAAAAGAAAAAAAAAAGAUAAAAGCCCCAGUUACCUUUAAAGAUC